AAAGAAAAAGAAAACCCUUCCCUACAUAAUUGUUUCUGCAUUUCUCAACAUGAUAACAAUUCAUAAACCUUUAACCACCACUAACAUUUUCUCUUUCACAAACACCAUCAAUUAAAAUAUACUUCUACUAGUAUAUAGUGUAUAGUUUAUAAUAUUUGUAGUUUAUUAAAUUUAACUACAUCAUCAUCAAUAAUGUAAUUUGUAGUUAAAAAGAAAGAACGCCACGGCACUGUUUCUUUCUACGCAACCUUUCGUUUCUUUUUCUUCUUAUUGCCUUCAACUAUGGCUUCUAAUCAUUCUUACAUACCCAUCACCUUUUUUUCAUCUUCGAUUCUUCUAUUACAGUGAUCCGUGGUUCUUGUUGUGCUUGAUGCUGGUUGCUGUGUUCAUAUUGAUUGGUGAUGAUCACUGAGGUGUUAGUUACUUUGAGCUGUAUAUAGAUUUGUUCUUUAUCUCAUGUGUUUUUGGAAUUUGUUAUUUGAAUUUGAUAGAUAUAUACUAGUUUGAAAAAGUAGUGUUCUUUGUUGGAGGAGGAGAUUGAUUGAUAAAUUAGGGAUUAGUUUUUUUAAUUUUUCAUAAGGUAGGAUGGAUUUUCAGAAUAAUAUGCAGCCUGAAUUGGGAAAAUUGGAACAAAUUGUUUAUCAAUUUCUUUUGAAGUGUUUACACAUCAUUUUGGACUCAAGGGUACCAUUGUUACGUCAACACGAUAGAAGCGGCGAACUCUCAACGGGUUCUCGAGCGAGGAAGAGUGACAAAUGGUUCAAUUUCGCCUUAGGUGAUCGACCCUCUGCUCUUGAGAAUUUGAACUUCUGGCACAGAAAUUUGAUGGAUCCAAUGAUAGUUGACAUUAUACUUGUUCAUGAAGAGAAUGGUUGUUCUGUUGAGACAGUUAUAGAGAGAUGGAUUGUUCAGUAUGAAUGUCCAAGAGUAAUGGCUCUUCAAACCGGCGACACUGCUAGCUCUUACAAGAAAACUUACCAGAAGUCGAUUAUACUGUUUCGUUCGCUUUAUUCUCAAAUGAGGCUUCUCCCAACUCAUAAGAUAUUUAGGCAGCUUAGUACAUCAAAUCAUUCUUGUAAUUUUGAUAUUGUUUACAAGGUCUCUUCCUUUAGUGAUCCAUUUUCUAGGGAAGAAGCUGCUAUGAUGGGAGAAUAUAUUUUCACUCCCAUUGACGCGCUUCCAGGCCGCCUUAGCUUAUCGGUGACUUACCGUACUACAUUAUCAGAUUUAAACCUUGAGUGUUCAACAUCAUUGCCAACAAAGAUAAUAACUGAUUAUGUUGGUAGCCCCAAUACAGACCCUUUGAGGUAUUUCCCUGCUUCAGAAAAGGGUGUUUGCGCUAUUUCCUUUCAGCAGAGAGGGACAACACCUCCCUCUUCUGCGUCACUCGAACGUCCUCAUAGCUGGACGCCUGGCUUUCAUAAAGCAGCACCUUUUGUACAGAACCAUCAGUAUGUUGGAUCCCCUCCGGUGCGUCGUGGUUCUCUUAAGCCAUAUGACUUUCCAUCUCCAUCUACUGAUAAUUUCAAUGUCAGAUAUCAUAACAUUCGAAUACAGAGUCGGCAAAGGUCUACAAGUUAUGAUGAGCAUCAACUUUCUCCUCCAUUCUCAUCCUCACCAUCUCCAUCACCACCUACAUACAUACAUAAUGCUAAUCCAAUGCUUACCCGAAUGCGCUCUGAAACAGCACCUGUGACUAUACCUCAUCCAAUAAUGGCCAAAAGCUCUAGAAACCUUUCUCCUAAUUUCUCAGAUCCUAAUAGAAAUUCUCUUCCCCCUUUAUCUCCAAGAAGGUAUGAUACAUCAUCGCACGAGUCUCCAUCUGGAAUCAGGUCAUUCAGGAAAAUAGAAUCUCUAAAGACUGGUCAAAAGAUUGUCAAAGAUAGCAAGGAUGAUUCAGGGCGGUUCUCAGGAUUGUUAUCUUCUAGUGACUCACCACGUGUUGGAUUUUCGAGAACCUCGAGUAGAUUAUCUUUUCAGGAUGACUUGGACGAUGGUGACUUUUCGUGUCCUUUUGAUGUCGAUGAUGUUCCAGAUGUUCUGUCGAGGUACUUCGAUAGAUUUCAUCAUUCACAACUAAAGUCAUCGUCUUCCUUAAAACAAAUUAGAGGGGAUGGGGCAGCUCCAUUGCGCCAAGAUUCUAGCUGUUAUUCAUCGCAUUCCUUGAAGGCCGAGCUCGAUGGAGGAGUUGCCACUGCCUCUGGAUUCUUCAUGCCUCGAAAGACAACUGACGCGCUCGAAGAGCUCAGGAGUUACCGAGAAAUGAGAGACCUUCUUCUUUCCAAGAGCGGAACUCGGAUAGAUGAAUCUUAAGCAUGCUCAAAUGUUGUAGACUCUCCAUCAAACUUGCAGAGUAGUUGAGGGAGUCGAUGCUGACUUAAGAGUGGGGACUAAUUACAAGUUAUACAUAUCAAUGGUAUUUUUGUACAUAUUUGAUUUUAUGUGUGCUAGAAACACCAAAGUUACUAUUUCAUCAUGAGUUCUAAUUUGCUCUAAUCUUUUUAGACAUUAUUGUUACAGUUUGAAAUGAAGAAACUGAUUGUCCUUUGUACUUGACAAUGGCAAAGGUGGGGCAAAAGGGGGAGAGUUUUCUAUAGUGGUUUGGAAGAAAGAUGGUUGAAUUUCUUUGUAAGAAGCACACAUUCUUCUGUUGAAAUGUAGCAUUUUAAUUGGAAAUUGGAUUUUUUGUGGAGUUUGGAAGAUGUAUAUAUUUGGUUUUUUAACAAGUGCAAUUAAUAACACUAUUUUUAAGAUAA